AUGGUCCUGGUCAUGGUGGUGUCUGUGUCCACACGGUCGGCGGCUGCACUGGCGCCCGACGACCGGACAGAGGCCAACACGCUGCACUUUGUGUACGGAGUCGAGUGCUCGGCGUAUAUGGACUGGCAGGCUGUGGCCUUUGAGGCCUCGUUCCGUGCUGUGGGGCAAGAGGGCAAGCUGACUCGGCUGAUGGCCUGUGAUGAUCCGGAGAUGGUGACGUCGGCAGAAGAGCUCGGGCUGGUCUCGGAGACAUGGGUUCAUCCUCGCGCGGCUCGUCAUCCAAAGUCGGGCGACUACUACUCGGCCUACAAUAGGCCGUACGGCUUCCAUCACUGGUUCCUGCAUCAUCCGCCGCAGGAGGAGAUCAUCAUCAUCUUUGAUCCCGACAUGUUCCUCCUCCGCCGCAUUCUGCUUGAGGAUCUGCCUCCGGUCGAGGAACUCCGCGGCGCGCCCAUGAUGCAAGAGUACACUUACCUCGCCGAGCGGGGCUUUGUCAACGGCCUUCAGCGGUUCACCAUGAAUAUCGACGCCGCCCGCCCAGUCGGUGUCCCCAUGUUCUUCCACCGCGACGAUCUGCGCGUCCUCAACCCGUGGUGGUUUGUCGUCACCGAGAUGGUUCGCGAGUCGGACAUCAAGCACUUGACAAAGGACGCCGGAUGGACAUCCGAGAUGUAUGGCGGAACGUUUACACUGUCGGACCUUGGUCUUGUCCCGUCCGUCCACAAGAAGUUGAUGGUGUACCCGUCGUAUUCACACGACCACUUUUACCCGUACUUUAUGCACUGGGGCAUCCUGCUCAAGCACGACAACAUCGAGUUUGACAAGCACUACUACACCUCGCCGGACAAGUCGCUCAUCUCGUGCGAGUACCGUGGAUUCCCCGACUGGGGCCAUGCACCGCCGGUUGUGUUUGACAAGGCUGACUCGUCGUCAGCCACAUCAUGCUACGAGGCGCGCCGGCGCGGGACCGCCAUCAUCUUCCUCCACUUUAUCGAAAAGUUCAUCUACGAGGAGCGGGUCCGGCGCGGGUGCGACCACAUCUCGCACCACCCACCAGUGCCGGACGAGCCGCUCUGGUCCGACGACAUCAUGCCGUCGAUUGACCGCGGGACCGGAUGCCCGCUUCUCCCGCCACCCAACGCCGACCUGCUUCCUGACGCGCGCUACUGGACCCAGCCGUACCCGACACUCGAAUACGAUAGCGUAGCGCAGCGGCGGGUCAUGGCGGCGUCGGCGCGGGUCAAAGCCGGGCCGCGAGUCACCUUUGCUUACCACGCCGAGUGCACGCCGCUCGGCGACCUCGCCUCGCUCGCGUUUGAGGGCUCGUACGCCGCCGUUGGACAGCCUCAUCCGCUCCUGCGGCUGCUCUCGUGCUCGCCGUAUGACACGCCGGCCGAGCUCGGACUGGCUACGUCGACAACCUUCCGCGAAAACUCGAUGGAAAGCCACCACUUGCUGGGAGCAUGGGACGAGGCGUUCUCGCUGCCGUGGAUUGUGGGCCACUGGCUCUCCAAGACGCGCGAGACCGAGAACGCCCAGCUCCCGACUGGGCCCAUUGUUGUCCUGGCGGCCGAGCCGGCGCUUCUUGUGCGACAGUGGGAUGUCGAGGCGCUCAUCGAUCACCUGUCCGGCGCGGCGGAGCCAGCGCAUGUCGCGCUCGCCGGCGCACCGAUUGCCGCCGAGUGCCCGGCCGAGGUCGUGGGCGAGGCGUCCGUCCGCGAGCUCCUCGGCCGCUACACCAGCAAUCCGCAUCUACUCGCGCCGGCAUGUCCCCCGUACAUCAUCCACGUUGACGAUCUGCGCGACGUGGCUCAGGCGUGGAUGGCGGCGCUGCGGGCACUGUCAUCGCACAACGAGCCUGCGCUGAUGCAGCACCGCCGCACGUACGGCUACAUGAUUGCGGUGGCCAACGUCGGGCUCAGCCACAUGGCGCUCACCACCGACCUUGUCUUUACCCCGCAUGCUCCGGUGUUUGUCUCCUCGUACCUGCCUGCGCCGCUGCUCGCGCUCCGGGACGGGUGCAACGCCCACGGCCCAUCCGGCACGACGUGGUCACUUUCGGCGCCGCCCUAUUCGCCUGUCAACUGCGACGCGCCGUGGCCGCCGACCGACCUCAGCCCGAGCCUCUCGCUUGAAGCGCACGACGAAGGCUGUGAUGAGGCGCGCCAGGAGCUGAUGCUCUCGCUCUGUUCGGUCGUCAUCAACUCGGUCGUGACCUCUGCGCGCACGUCGACGGCGCGGUGCAGCGAUCAUCGCAACAAGCUCGCGUCGCCCAUUCCCGCCGACUUUGGGCAGUCAGACGCAUUCUGGCGCCGUGCGGGUGAGACAAUGGCCUGUCCCAUCGAUCCGUCGGACCCGCCGCUUGCGGUGGCAACCCACACAGAGGCGCCCACGCCGGUGACGACGCUGCGCCCCACCCCGCGCCCCACCCCGCGCCCCACCCCGCGCCCCACCGCCGCGCCAGCGCCGUCCCCCGCCGCCAGCGCUGCAGCCGGCGGCACGGUGCCGCGCUCGGAUGCCAGCUCGCCGGAUCCGCCGGCGGCAGCCUCUGGCUGGACCUUUUUCUCGGCCGUCACCUACCUCGUCAUCGGCGGCGGCCUUGCGCUCUGUCUCGAGAGAGCCUUCCGCAUCGGCUAUCGCGUGUACGAGAAGCGUCGGCUCCAAAGCUCUCCGGCCGGCCCGUCCAAGCGCACCCGCCCACUGACGACGGCGGCGACAACGACGACGACGACGACGACGACGACGGCAAGCACUGGAGCUGGUGGUGGCCGUGAGGUGGUGGUGCCGGCCAAGGGCAUCUCGCUCGAAGCUGGCGUGGCUGCAGCAGUGCGUGCGGCGGGAGCAGCCAUCACAGCCGUCGAUGCCGUGGACGAGUCGGAGGACCAUGCCGAGGCCAUCAAUGCGCUCACCUACCUCCUCCUCGAGCUGCCCACGCCGGUCAGGGAGGCGUUCUUCACCGCCGUCAACGACUUUAUGCCCGAUCUCGAUGUCGACUUUGAAUCGGCGGCGGCGGAGGAUGCCUGGGCUGCUGCCCGUGCUCUGGUCCCGGGCGGUCUGGUGGAAAAGGUGGCCAUGCUCAAGGUGCUCGACGUCGAGGCUGUCAAGGAAGAGUUCGAGUCGGCUACGCCCUUUGCCAGGGCCGUCGUCCCCGAGUUCAUCCCGCAUCCGGGCGCCUACGCCGGUCUGGUGGGCGAGGUGCGGAAGAUGAUCGGCUUUGAGCCAAAGAGCAACGAUCUGUAUGACUUUCUGCAGUCGGACGAGCUGGCCAACCUCAACACGGCAUCAGGCUACGUGUGGCUGACCAAGCUCCGCGACGCCAUCUACGCACCCGACUUUCUGCAGGCUAUGACGGCGGUGACCGGCAUCGAGUUUGAUCCGACCUGUGUCGACAUGCACGCGCUCUGCUUCCAGGACGGCGACUAUCUUGCCCUCCACGACGACAACAUGCCCGGCCGCCGCGUCGCCUUUAUCCUCUACCUUGUUGACGACGACUGGAGCGAGGCUGAUGGUGGUGCGCUCGAGCUGUACACCGCUACCGGCGAGGGCACUCCGGAUCUGGCCCCGGUGCCGUGCCCGGUGGCCUCGAUCUUGCCGGCAGCCAACACCUUCUCGUUCUUUGCCGUCAGCCACACCUCGUACCACGCCGUGGCGCAGGUGACCGGCGGGCGGCCGCGCCUCUCGGUCUCGGGCUGGCUCCACGGCCGCUCGCUGACGCCCAAGCUCCCGCGUCCGGCGGCCGCCAUGGUGUACUCUGCGCUGACGGCCUCGCACCCGCUGGCCGGCAUUGUCGCUCGCGAGUACCUCUCCCCAGCCCGCGCCGCCUCCAUCGCCGCAGCCUUUGGCGAGAACUCGGUCAUCUCGCUGCCGGGCUUCUUUGAGCCCGAGGCGGCGGCGGCGCUGUCGUUCCCGGGCAAGGACGCGGUGGUCGACGUCCCGCCCGACCGCGGCACGUACCUCUCCGCGCCGGUCGAUGCCAGCAGCUCUGACCCGGCCAAGAUUGUGGCCAGCGCCGAGUUUGGCGCGCUCCUCUCGGCCAUGACUGGCCUUGAGCUCACCCGCGUCUCUUCCAUCGCCAAGCGCUCGUUCUUUGCCGGCCAUCACACCCUGCUCUCCGAUGAGGGCAAGGGCGGCGAUGAUGCCCCGUCCGGCGGCCUCGACAUGUACCUCGACUUUUCGACUCUACCGCGGAUCGAGCUCGCGCCGCGCCCGGCAAGCCUGCUCCCGCUCACGAAGCGAUCCGAUGCUGCGUACGUGCUGGCGGCACAUCUGUCGGGCGUCGCUGACGACGGCGACAACUUUGACGACGACUUUGGCGACGACGACGCUGCUGGCAACCAAGCUGGCGAGAAUGGUGACGACGGCGAGAGCGAGAGCGAGGCUGGCAGCGACGAUGGUGGCAUCGAAGCCGGGCCUGGCAUCGCCGAGCGGGUUCCGCCUGGAUCUGUGGUGUACAUGUCCGAGGACGAGGUGCUCUUCUCACUCCCGCCGGCGUACAACACGCUGCAUUUGGUGUACCGGGCGGCGCCCGAGGCGGCGAACGAGGAGGAGCAGGAGGACGACGACGAGGAGGAGCCGAUCAAGGUCAUGUCGUUUGUCAAGUACGUGACCAUGCAUGCCGGACGUUGCAACGCACGGCACGACGUGGUUGCGGUGUACGCUGAGGCGUAGCGUGGUUCUUUAUGUUCAUGGCGCGCUUGACUCGGGGCAGUCGGGUCAGGACGCGCGCGACUUGAUGGUAAACCGGUUGGAGGUUGCG